GCUGAGCGCGCUGGGCGCCUGGAUUCAGCACCAAGGACAAAGCUCCGGCGUGAGAGCCCCAUGCACCGGGAUCCCACCAGGGACCAGCACCAUGGAGAGGAGACUGAACGUGACCCCGGAGGCGCUCAACAGGCUCCUGGAGGAGCACAACAUGACCAGGGAAGAGUUCAUUGCCGCCUACGGCCUCAAACCCCUCGUGUACAUCCCAGAGCUGCCUCCCAGUGCCAAGGUUGUCUUCCUGGUGAUCUACAUCAUCAUCUUCGCACUGGCUCUUCUGGGCAACAGCCUGGUGGUCUACAUCAUAAUUCGGAGGAAAGCCAUGAGAACAGCUACCAAUAUUUUCAUCUGCUCCCUGGCUUGCAGUGACCUGCUGGUCACUUUCUUCUGCAUCCCUUUCACUCUCCUGCAGAACGUCUCCUCAGAAUGGCUAGGUGCUGAAACCUUGUCCGCCGGUGCAUCCUCCAAGCCGGGACAGAGACUUUCCCAGAUUAGAAGGUGUAAAAAGAAGACUCAGGAGGACAUGUUCAAUGAGUUAAUGUGCACCUCCGAGAGUGACAAGACGGAGCUCAGCGCAUGGAGGAUUGCAUUGUCUGACAACCUGCACAAUGACCACAUGGACAGGAGACCAUGCAGGGAACACAGAUUAAAGAUAGAUAAUUAA